GUUAUCUUUAAUUAUUUGAGCAAUUAUGACCACAACGGCCACACCGGUGAAUGCCGUCGAUUUGCUGAACCAGGCGCUGCAGUCCAAUAUCAUUCCAAACCAGGAGUUUCUGCUACAGGGUUCAAUUCUUGAUUCGGCUGCCGAACACCUGCUGCAUCGAUUGCGAGGACUUUGUGACAAUGUGGACACCGGACCGGAAGCGUUUGCCGACUACGAGAUGUGUCUCAGCUUGAAGGUGCCAGAGAAGGCCCCCGUAACCGUUCGAGUUCGCAAAGCCCAGGACGCGGACGCUCCCUACCAGCUGCGAUACAUCGGCCAACCGGAGCUGGGCGAUCGCACCCGACUGACGCUGGUCCGUAGCAGUCUGGACAUUGCUUGCACUCCCCACGUGGUGGACUUCCUCACCGAAAUGGGCUUCCGCGUAGAUUUCGAGUACAUCACAAAAGGCUACAUGUUCCGCAAGGGCCGGAUGAAGGUAACUGUGUCGAAAAUCUUCAAGGUCAACAGUUCCGAGCCCAUCUCGCAGAGCUACCUGGUCGAGCUGUCCGUCCUGGCCCCGACCGGUCAGGAUGUCAUCGCCGAGGAUAUGCGAAUCUUUGCCGAACAGCUGAAACCGCUGGUGCAGCUGGAGAAGAUCGACUACAAACGAUUCGCUCAGAUGCCCUGAAUCACGCCUAAGAACCCGAAGAAAGACAUUAAGAAAUAAUUACCGAACUCUAUCA